AUUCCUAUAUGCUUCAUCAUGAAAAUUUUCAUGUCUCAAAUUGAGUUUCUUAGACACAUACCACUUGUGUCUUUGACUGUGCUUAUUUUAUGUACAACUACUACUGUUCCAAUAUUUGCUACAAAGGGUUGUGAUUUUCCAGCCAUUUUCAACUUUGGUGCUUCAAAUGCUGAUACUGGUGGAUUGGCUGCUGCCUUCCAAGCACUGCCGUUGCCAUAUGGAGAGACUUAUUUUCAUAGAUCAACUGGAAGGUUCUCUGAUGGCAGAAUCAUUCUUGAUUUCAUAGCACAGAGUUUUGGACUUCCCUAUCUUAACUCAUAUCUUAAUUCUCUUGGAUCAAACUUCACACAUGGUGCAAACUUUGCAACAGCAGGAUCAACAAUCAAAAUCCCCAACAGUAUUAUACCUCAUGGAAUGUUUAGUCCAUUUUCCCUAACAAUUCAAUACAUUCAAUUCAAAGAUUUCAUACCUAAAACAAAAUUCAUUAGGAAUCAAGGAGGUAUAUUUGCAACCUUGACUCCUAAAGAAGAUUAUUUUUCCAAAGCUUUAUACACAUUUGAUAUUGGUCAAAAUGAUCUUACUGGUGGUUUUUUUAGCAAUGCGACUAUACAACAAAUCAAUGCUACGGUACCCGAUAUAGUAAACAAUUUCAUAGAAAAUAUUAAGAACAUAUACAAUUUGGGGGCAAGAUCAUUUUGGAUACACAACACAGGACCAAUUGGAUGCCUUCCUUUAAUUUUGGCUAAUUUUCCAUCCGCAAUAAAGGAUAGCUAUGGUUGUGCAAAGCAAUACAAUGAAGUAUCUCAGUAUUUCAAUUUCAAGUUGAAGGAAGGAUUAGCUCAACUUCGAAAAGAUCUUCCUCUUGCUGCAAUCACAUAUGUGGAUAUCUACUCACCUAAGUACUCACUUUUUCAAAAUCCAAAAAAAUAUGGAUUUGAGCUACCAUUUGUUGCAUGUUGUGGCUAUGGAGGGAAGUACAACUAUAACAUUCGUAAUAGAUGUGGAGAAACCAUAAACAUAAAUGGUACAAAAAAUGUUGUGGGUUCGUGUCGAAAUCCAUCAACUAGAGUGGUAUGGGAUGGAACCCAUUAUACGGAGGCAGCUAACAAAAUCGUCUUUGAUCAAAUUUCUACUGGAGCUUUCACAGAUCCUCCCAUUCCCCUAAAUAUGGCAUGUCAACAAAAAUUCCCUUAAAAUGGGAAGCUUGUAAACUAAAAAUGAGGUGAACCCUAUUAUCAAUUUAAAAAUUUAUCUGACAUAUGGUAUAAAUUGAAUAAUGAUAGUGGAUUAGAUUAUAGCUAAUUAAAUAAUUUAGAUAUUAGUAAGAGGUAAUAUUUAUAUUGUGAAUUGGACUUUAUUCAAUUGUUUAGUUGUGUCUUUUUA